GGAGAAGGAAACGAAAAGACUGCUGCUGAUCUCGGUUUCUCAAAUGACGAUAGAGACGAUGGCGAUCAGGAUGGUAUAUAUGAUAUUUGUCAUGUAAUUUUAGGUAUGACGCAAAGUCAGACGGUUUCGAUGACUCAGGGUGCUAAUGCUUACGAAAUUCCUACUCGCUUGCGUACUUUGCACAAUCUUGUGAUCCAGUAUGCCAGUGAGGGUAGAUAUGAGGUUGCUGUACCUCUUUGCAAGCAGGCUUUAGAAGAUCUGGAACACUCUAGUGGACGAGACCACCCAGAUGUUGCCACAAUGCUUAACAUCCUUGCUCUUGUCUACAGAGAUCAAGGUAAAUAUAGAGAGGCUGCUGGUCUGCUUACUGAUGCCCUUAGUAUACGUGAAAAAACGCUUGGUGCGGACCAUCCAGCCGUUGCCGCAACAUUGAACAAUCUUGCGGUUCUCUAUGGUAAACGGGGAAAGUAUAAAGAAGCAGAACCACUUUGCAAGCGGGCACUUCUCAUUAGAGAAACUGUCCUCGGGGGUGACCAUCCUGAUGUCGCCAAACAACUCAACAAUUUGGCGCUUCUUUGUCAGAAUCAAGGAAAGUAUGAGGAGGUCGAACUCUACUACCAACGUGCCCUAGAAAUUUACAUCGACAACCUCGGACCAGAUGAUCACAAUGUAGCUAAAACAAAAAACAAUUUGUUAAAUGCAUCAUACAUGUAG